AUCUUUGCUUUAACUUAUUAAAUGGCAUUAAAUGGCAGGGAAACAUUCAGCGGGUUGGACUGGAGAGGAAAACGCGAUGGAGAGAGCAGUUUCCAGCUGCAGGGCGUGUCCUGGAAAAGACAGCAUCAUUUCUUUUUUUUAUCUCCCAAAUAGUUUCUGUCCAUAUUUGAACAUGAUAUCAGGGUCAGUGUAUGAAACCUCCAAUCUGGAGCGAGGCGGCAACAACAGGAAGAAGAAGAUAGAGGAAUUCUCUAGGUCUUCUCGGGAGAAACUGGUUCAGUCGAAGAACAAGAUGUUCUCCAAAUUUACGUCCAUUCUGCAGCAUGCUGUUGAAGCGCUUGCCCCAUCUCUGCCCUUGCAAGAGGAUUUUGUCUACCACUGGAAGGGAAUUACGCAUUAUUACAUUGAGACUUCUGAUGACAAAGCCCCAGUCACAGACACCAACAUCCCGUCCCACCUGGAGCAAAUGCUGGACAUUCUGACCCAGGAGGAGGCUGAAAGGGAGUCUGGUGAGACUGGACCCUGCAUGGAGUACCUCCUGCACCAUAAGAUCCUGGAGACCCUCUACACAUUAGGCAAAGCUGAUUGUCCUCCUGGCAUGAAGCAACAAGUCCUCACCUUUUACACCAAGCUGCUGGCUCACAUCCGUCAGCCUCUUCUGCCACACAUCAACGUCCACCGACCUGUGCAGAAAAUGAUCCGGCUGUGUGGAGAGGUUCUGGCUGCACCUACAGAAAACGAGGAGAUCCAGUUUCUUUGCAUCGUCUGUUCCAAACUGAAGCAGGACCCGUACCUCGUCAACUUCUUCCUUGAGAACAAAUCAAAGAGAUCUGACAUUAAGAGUCCUGCUGCAACAGAAGCAGCCAACGCUGGUGUCCUGGCUCCAGACACUGGUCAGUCUCAGGCAGACCCCCCUGGAGAACCACAAGCUGCUGCAGCUGCUGCCUCCACCUCCAGCCCAACUACUAACAAUAAUAACACCAACAACUACAACUUGGUCACCUCACUUCUGAACCUCACAAAGAGUCCCGAUGGCAGGAUAGUGGUGAAAGCAUGUGAGGGCUUAAUGCUCCUCGUCAGUUUGCCAGAGCCGGCUGCUGCGAGGUGCUUAACAGAAAACACUGAACUCUGUGAACUGCUCACCGAAAGGCUGGUCUCCUUUUAUAAAGCCCUGCCUCCGUCCAUCGAUCCCAUGGACAUCGAGACGGUGGAGUCAGUCAACUGGGGUCUAGAUGUAUACAACCUGAAAGAGGACGCUGCCGUCUUCACAGGGAAGAGAGCUUUGAUAUCAUUCCUGUCGUGGCUGGAUUACUGCGAUCAGCUCAUCAAGGAGGCUCAGAAGUCAGCAGCUGCAGUGAUGGCAAAAGCAGUGAGAGAAAGGUUCUUUGUGUCCGUGAUGGAACCACAGCUUAUGCAGACGUCUGAGGUGGGCAUCCUGACCUCCACAGCCCUGUUGAACAGGAUCAUAAGGCAGGUGACCUCGGACGCUUUGCUGCAGGAGAUUGUUUACUUUCUGCUGGGAGAGGACAAGGAAGCAGAAACUCCGGCAGCGAUGGCUCAGAAUCCACUCAGGCACAGACUCAUCGAGCACUGUGACCAUCUGUCAGAUGAGAUCAGCAUCAUGACGCUGCGGUUGUUUGAGCAGCUGAUCCAGAAGCCCAACCAGCACAUCCUUCACAGCUUGGUGCUGCGCAACCUGGAGGAGAGGAACUACCUGGAGAACAAACCGCAGGAGGAGCGGGAGCCCCUGGAGAACGGCCAGCCCCACGAUGCUGUAGAUCUGGAAGAGGAUCCGCUGUUCGGAGAUGACCUCUCCCCAGACAGCAGGCUGUCUGGCUCCGACUGGAUUGGCUCCACCCCCCAACACAGUCCCGAUCACGCAAAGUCUGACGGGAAGACGGAGGUUCACAAGAUAGUCAACAGCUUCCUGUGUUUGGUGCCUGAUGAGGCCAAGUCAUCGUAUCACGUUGAAGGCACCGGCUAUGACACCUACCUCAGAGAUGCACAUAGACAGUUCAGGGACUUUUGUGGCAUCUGCCAGCGGUGGGACUGGAGAGGAAACCCAAAGCCUCUGGAAAAGUGUAACUUGGACAUGCCGUUCUUCGAGGGUCACUUCCUUAAGGUUCUCUUUGACAGGAUGGGUCGCAUCCUUGAUCAACCUUACGAUGUAAACCUGCAGGUGACUGCUGUGCUCUCCAAGUUGUCUUUGUUGCCACACCCACACCUGCAUGAAUACUUGCUGGACCCUUACAUCAGUCUGGCCCCCGGCUGCAGGUCCUUGUUCUCUGUCAUAGUCCGGGUGGUUGGAGAUCUAAUGCUGAGGAUUCACCGCAUCCCAGAUUUCACACCCAAACUGCUGCUGGUGAGGAAGAGAUUAUUAGGCUUGGAGCCAGAGGGAGUCACGGUGGACCACAGUACGCUGCUGGAAGGGGUCAUCGUGUUGGAGGAGUUCUGCAAAGAGCUGGCAGCCAUCGCCUUUGUCAAAUACCACGCAGCAGCCUCGUCCACGCUGUGAAACUCCCGCUGUUCCACCAUCUGCCGCAGUCAGGCGGAUGGGCCAGGACCAACCGGGGCCUUCCAGGGUGCUGGGGACAUUGGGUUGGCAGAACUUUACCACUAACUGGGUUCACCUGCAAGACUGUUAGGAUCCCACAUGGACGGGUCCCAUCAUUCCCCUUCCUCUGACCUCUGAGAAGGUGGGAGCGCAGACGGCGCCCCGCCAGCAGAGGAGACAGAAGACAGGGAUGGUGAUCGAGGUGCAGACGGCAGCGGACUCUUUUCCACCUCUGUGCAGUUUCUCACUGCCCUCCACCCCCCCACCUGUCUUCUACCUUGGAGUGAGCGUGGAAUUUUAAAAUGGAGGAGUAAAUGUGCGUGUUCGUUUCGUCACAUUGCCGCCUUGUUUGUAAAAGUCAUUGCCUUAAUGUGGAAUCAGACCUUUCAGUUACAGCAAAGUGUUGCUCUUUCAAACAUCUCAUGUUGUCAUUUUGAAGACAGCAAAGGUUCCUACGCAGUCUGGAAUCCAGUCAGAAACAUUUGUAUUUCCAGAUUCCCUCCUAGUUUCUUCUUUCUGUCCUUUAGUUCCUCAUGGACUGAAAAUCCUGGAAGAUCGAUUCCCCCUCCUCAUAAACAUAUCUGUAGUUACAUCCAUAGUGAUGUACUCUACCCAUUUUAAAAGCCAAGUCAUCUUAUUUAUUCUUUAUUUGCUUGCAGGUUGCCUUUUUUUUUAAUCGAACGUUUUGAUGACGAGUCGGUUUAACGACUGACUGCAGAGACACUGUUAACUUUAAUUUGUUUUGAUGUCUUUCCUCGGUUUGGCUUUAAUGCUCGUUCCUUUUACCGCCACCCAAAGAUGUGACCCUCCAUCGCAAUUUGCACACGGACCUCACUUCGCUGCACUGGUUACAUCGUAAAGAUAAGGACAAGGCUCUCAUCAACAGACCGAGUGUUCAUCGUUUUACUCAUCAGUGUUCAUAGUGAGGUUCCCACUGUGGGGUUACAUAGAACAUGUACUCAGAAAUGACUGUUAUAUUAGUUUAAAUUAGGUUUAUUUAUUGUAAUUUUGACUUUAAUUCACAGGCUAAUGUAAAGAAACAGAAUGUUCAGCUGUUAAAAGUGGUUUUAGUUUUCUGGUCGUGAAGUUUAUAAAUUUUUUUUGUCUUUUUAUUAU